UCUCUGUUCCCAAAUUUUUUUCAUUUGGCAAGUUUUUUUCUCUCUCUUCUCUCCCUCUCUCUCUCGUACGCUCUUCUCUCCCUCCUCUCUGCCUCAUCUCAUCCACCACCGUAACAUCCACCACAACCCCCACCACCACCUACAAAUCAAUCACUCGUCAGAGGGAGGGGGUGGCCGAGUGUGAGAAGAUUUUCUGGGGAGGGAAGUUCCGGUGAGGAAGAGAGAGUUCCGGCCGUGAUAGAGAGUUCCGGUGGCGUUUCGUGGCGGUGUUUGGCGACGGUGUUUGGCGACGGUGAUGCUUCUUGCUCCUUCGUUCAUCUGGCUCCAUGGAAGAAUAAGGCUCCUUCAGACCUCCACCUUCCUCCAAGCCAGCCAAAUCUGGUGGUGGCAAGCAGAAGAAGAUUCAUUUUUUGUAGACUCAAAUCCAGGUAUAAGUUGUUAUUGCAAACUGAUCAUGCCACAACAACAUCAAAGGAUGACAGAACCUGCCUCUAAUGUGGCAUCUUGCAGUGGAACUGCGAUGGAGAAGUCAUCAAAAGGAUAUUUUAGGAACAUUCAUACAAAUAACACUUGCAAUGGCUUCUAUUGUGAUUAUUUCUCUCCAAAUACGGCUUACAAACCAAAGAUGUGGACAGAAGCUUGGACUGGCUGGUUUACCGAGUUUGGAGGUUCGGUACCUCACCGACCUGCUGAAGAGUUGGCAUUUUCAAUUGCAAGAUUUAUGCAAAAGGGGGAUCAUUUAUCAAUUACUACAUGAGCACAAAACGAAGGGAUAAUGACGACUCUGCAAUAGAAUCUGACAUCAAAGUGCAGAUGGGAUAAAUGCAAUUGUAUCAUAGUGUGCAACUAUUUGGUUGCCAUACUUUUCUUGCUUUCCCAGAAAAGUUACAAGCCUCCUAAAAGACCCUUGACAAACAAGGUUCUCAAAAUCAUAGUUUCCAGCUUGCUUUAAUGUGAGAGAUUUGUAGUAGAUAGUAUUUUUGGGAGUUGCUAGAUGGAUUUCAAGAUGAUUCCUAUGAAGUUAGUAAUUUAAGAGUUUGAAGAAAAAUUUGUAAAAUCUAUGGAAAGAGUUUCUUUUGUGGUGUUCUUGCAUGUUAUAAGGAAGAUUGACAUGUUAUAACUUAUAACUUAUGAUUCCUAUCUCUAUCAUUUUGUUUUC